UGGGGUUGGGGCGCUUGGCCUCAGUUGAUGCGUUGGGCAGGCGGUGGCGUGCGGAUGCGGGAGAGAAAUAAAUGAGGAGUCAUAGCGAAGACGUAUUUCCAGCCAAAGGGAAGGAGCAGGCCUCUCUGAAGGGAGCUGACGUUAGGGAUUACUGGAGCAGAGAGCAGCGAGAGUCUUGUGGGUCUGGCUUCCACCCCUGGGCCAGCGGGAACAUCUGGGCACAGCUGUUUCUCGGAACCCUUUCUUCUGCUGCUGCACAUCGGCUUGUUUUGCAGUGAUGGAAUCGAAUGGCACUUUCCUUGCUUGCAACAGCUUGAAAGAUGACAAGGAUCUGAAGUUCCUCCUGAAAGGCAGCCAGCUGCUAAAAGUGAAGUCAGGCUCUUGGAGAAAGGAACGUUUUUAUAAACUCCAGGAGGACUGCAAAACUAUAUGGCAGGAAUCGAAGAAGAUUCUGAGGUCUCCCGAGUCACAGAUCUUCUCCAUUGAAGAUAUUCGGGAUGUGAGGUCAGGCCAUAAAACAGAAGGUAUGGAAAAAUACGCCAAGGAUGUCCCAGAGUAUCGCUGCUUUUCCAUCAUUUUCAAAGACCAGCGUAAAAACCUGGAUCUCAUUGCGAGUUCAGAGGAUGAUGCCAACCACUGGAUCUCCGGCCUUGCAAAAAUCAUAGCCCACAGCAACUCCAUGAACCAGAAACAGAAACUCCAACACUGGAUUCAUACCUGCCUGCGGAAAGCUGAUAAAAACAAAGACAACAAGAUGAGCUUGAAAGAGCUCAAGGACUUCCUCAAAGAAGUGAACAUUGAAGUCGAUGACUAUCAUGCCAAGAAGAUUUUCCAGCACUGUGACAAGUCCAAAACAGAGGCUCUGGAGGAUGAUGAGAUAGAGGAAUUUUACAAGAUACUGACAGAGAGGAAAGAAAUAGACAACAUCUUCCAAAAGUACUCAGAUGCAGAAGGGUUCAUGUCCUGCCAGAACCUGGUCAGGUUCCUCUAUGAGACGCAGCAAGAAGAAGAUGCUGUUGUUGCCGCUCCUGCCUUGAUUCAGAGAUAUGAGCCCAAUGAAAGAGCCAAGAGGGGUAACGCCAUGACCAAAGAUGGUUUCCUGAUGUACCUGCUGUCUGAUGAUGGGAAUAUAUUCAACCCCACCCACCGUAAAGUUUACCAGGACAUGACUCAGCCUCUCAGUCACUACUUGGUGUCAUCCUCACACAAUACCUACCUCAUGGAAGACCAGCUCACAGGUCCAAGCAGCACAGAAGCCUAUAUCAGAGCCCUCACCAAAGGCUGCCGCUGUGUGGAACUGGAUUGCUGGGAUGGCCCUAACUCGGAGCCCAUCAUUUAUCAUGGCUACACUCUCACCUCCAAGAUCCUCUUCAGCGAUGUCAUUAAGGCCAUCAAGAACUAUGCUUUCAAAACCUCGCCAUACCCUGUCAUCCUCUCCCUGGAGAACCACUGCAGCGUCGACCAGCAGAAGGUUAUGGCUCAGCACAUGACAACGAUCCUGCAAGACAUGCUCUUGGUUGCUCCACUUGAUGGAAACAAAUCCCAGUUCCCCUCUCCCGAGCAAUUGAAAGGGAAGAUCCUUGUGAAAGGCAAGAAGUUGAGCAGGCAGGAGGACCCCACUGGAACAAAUGGGAAUAACAACUUGGAGGCUGAGGAUGUCUCUGAUGAAGAUGAAGCAGCUGAAAUGGAAGAUGAAUCUGUAAAGACUGAGGUAGAGCAGAAAGGGAAGAGUGACACCUUGAAGCUGGCCAAGGAGCUGUCAGACACAGUCAUCUACUGCAAGAGCGUCCACUUCAAUGGCUUUGAGGACCCCAACCAUCCUCGAGCUUUCUACGAGAUGUCAUCAUUCUCAGAGAGCAAAGCUCUGAAACUAGCCCAGGAGUCAGGAACCAAUUUUAUUCAUCACAACAUCAGGCACCUGAGCCGGAUCUACCCUGCAGGCUGGAGGACAGAUUCUUCUAAUUACAACCCCAUCGACUUGUGGAACGUCGGCUGCCAAAUCGUUGCCUUAAAUUUCCAGACAGCAGGCACAGAAAUGGAUGUCUACCAGGGCCGGUUCCAGGACAAUGGGUUUUCUGGGUAUGUCUUAAAGCCGGAAUUCCUCCGGGAUGAGCAAACCAGAUUCAAUCCAAAAUCCAUCACAGAAGGAACAUGGGGGACAAAGAAGAAGCUUAUGCUUAAAAUCAUCUCUGGUCAGCAGCUGCCCAAGGUGAACAAGAGCAAAAACUCCAUCGUUGAUCCUAAAGUAACAAUAGAAAUCCACGGUGUCCAACAGGAUAACUACAAGAAGCAGACUAGAGUAAUUGAAAACAAUGGCUUUAACCCAAAAUGGGAUGAAGAGUUUACAUUUUACAUAGAGAUCCCUGCACUUGCCCUGAUCCGGUUUGUGGUGGAAGACUUUGACCUGUCAACCAAAAAUGACUUCAUUGGGCAGUACACCCUUCCUUUCACUAGUCUGAAGCAAGGUUACCGCCACAUCCACCUUCUGACCAAGAAUGGAGACCCAUACUCCUCCUCCACUCUCUUUGUGUACAUCAAUAUCCAGGACUGUGAUUAGCAGCUUGGCUCUUUCAGGGCACAGUGAACCUCGUUACAGACCUAGAAGGAAUUCAGCGUGCAAAGUCUGCCAAUGUCAGAGUCCUGUUAAACGCCCAGUUCUUUCUCUGGAGUAGCACACGGUGCCCUAUAUGACCCCUGAUGAGAAAUAGCCAUCAACCUUCUCCAUUCUGCGUGCUGGAAACAUCCUAAUGCUGCUGUUGAGUUUAAUCCUUUUGUACCCAUUUGACCAAUCCAUCUGUGUUUUCAGUUCACUUUAUUUAGUGUGUUUUUUUUAAAUUCUGCUUUUAGCCAGCAGAUAGGGACACCUUUUUAGCAAAGUACAGCUCUUGGGUUGGGUUCAGUCAGACAUCUGGACAAACAUCCAACAUCGGGGCAAGAAAAAAACCCACUCCACCACUGAAAUGUGUGCCCAGGUGCCAGAUGACCCUUGCAACUUCAGAUGUCAGACAUCUUUCACCAUAUGAAGUCUUAAACAGGGACAGAAUUCUUCCUUUAUCUCUUACAGAUUAAAAAAGAAAGCUGCACUACAGAGGCCUGUGUUAUAUAACUCGGCUUUCCUUUUGUAUGAUAAUAAAUAAUACAUGAACACUACUCUGCCUCUGUACCUGGCUCUCCGCCAGGUCGCUUUGCAUUCAAAGCCUGGCUCCCAUCCUGUGAAGGAGAAAGAAGCUGCCGACCGGCAGAUUUCCCUCUAACCCAAAGUGAAACCAAAUCAAAGGGACCUCAGAAAACGUCUUCUGCCGAUGACAGUGGAAAUACACUCAGCUGACAGUGGGGCUUUUUCUUUAAUGCAGUAAAUCUUUCUUUGUUUUUGGUUUUUUUUUUUUAAAUUGAAAAAUGUCAUUUUUUAACACAGGGGAAGUAGCGGUAGAAAUAGUUGUAAAUGUUAGCCUUGUCCCAGUUGCACUGUAGAAGAAACCCCGAACAAACAGCAACCCAGUAUUUAUGGCAAGAGAUGACUUUUCUUCAAGUACAACUACAGAGUUAAGGGAAUAUUGUUGAAAUAAAAUAAUAUAUAUUUUGAAGCGCCAACUAUGUUCCUAACAAUAUGUUAGACUGUUAAAAGUAAAAAAAUCUGGAAAAAUCCAGUUACUUGUCAAUGUUUGCCUCCUCGUCUUACUUGAAUACAACACACACGAAGCAGGAGAUAGGCUUGCUUAAUUUCUUAAAGGGAUCUGUCUUUCUGAGGUUUUUCAUGCCUGGCAGUGGAGAGGAUGGACUGCUACUGAAGGGGUUAAUGUCCUUUUAAACAGAUUCCACUCCACUCACUUGCUUGACUGUAUUGGAGUCCAAAAUACCUUGGAUUUAGUGACUCUUUCCCCGCCACAAAACUGAGUUUUAUUUAGUCCUACCUGGAGUUUGUUAUGCUGUGGUAAUUAUUGCUGGACAUUGAUUUUUUUCCUCUUCACUACAAUAUUGUGUGAGGUUGUAAACCAUUGCCAGAUCAAAUGUGAAUUUAUAUCCACAACUCAAAGGCUGAUAUUGAGUUAACAACCAAUAGUUGAAAGGGUGCAAGAGCAGCUGAGGCCACUGAGGCAGACCGGGGUUUCCUGCAGUGAUAUGGGCUCUCGCUGCAAGAAGGAUGUUGAGGCUCUGGAGCGUGUCCAGAGAAGAGCAAUGAAGCCGGUGAAAGGGCUGGAGAACAAGUCUUACGAGGAGUGGCUGAGGGAACUGGGGCUGUUUAGCCUGGAGAAGAGGAGGCUGAGGGGAGACCUUAUUGCUCUCUAGAACUACUUGAAAUGAGGUUGUAGAGAGGAGGGAGCUGGCCUCUUCUCCCAAGUGACAGGUGAUAGGACAAGGGGGAAUGGCCUCAAGCUGCGCCAGGGGAGGUUCAGACUGGAUAUCAGGAAAAAAAUUUUCACAGAAAGGGUCAUUGGGCACUGGCAGAGGCUGCCCAGGGAGAUGGUUGAGUCAUCAUCCCUGAAGGUAUUCAGAAGAUGGGUAGACAAAGUGCAGAGGGACGUGGUUUAGUGACAGGUAGGAAUGGUGGGACUUGAUCCAAGAGGUCUUUUCCAAUCUGCUGAUUCUACGAUUCCAUGAUUCUAUGACAUGGGCUCUCUCUCAGCUUGCAUCUAGGAUGGGGCAUGUUGUAUCAGGAGACGCAUUCAAAGGGCAAGGCUGGAGCAUCCCUGACUCCAACUCAAGGACACCCUGAGUUCCAUCUCUGCUCCCAGGACACUCUGAGAUUUUGCUUAAAGGAGUCAUGGGAUAUAAAAGCAUGAAUGAAGGAGGUGCAGGGCUUCCCCCUACCACAGAGGAAGCUUGCACUAUGCAGCCUGACAGUAGGCAUUUCUGCCUCUCUUUCAUGUGGGGUGAGUUAGAUCAGUCUGCUGAGUUGGCUGAGCACAAAUUAUCUGCAUUUUUUGGAGUUGAAGGAUUAGAUUUCACUUGGGUUAUUGAGCCAAACCAGCCCUCAACUGCCUGCUGUGGCCAGUACUAGAGAAGCAGGGGGACGGGGAGUGGGAAGAUAUGUGGGGGCUGGACGAUACUAUCCCAAGCCAAAGUGAGUUGGAUGGACUACACGGAGAGCCCAGGGUUUCCUCUGCCUGUUGUGUACUUACAUAAGGUAGGCAAGAUCUGUGGGAACAGAGAACAUUCCUCAUCAGGUAGGCACAGUUGAGGGAAAACUGCUGGGAAGGUAGCUGAGAUGGAGAUGGGGUGGACUAGAGUGUGAUGGACAAUGCUAUUAUUCCAUGAUUCUGUGUGGGUGAGCAGCUUUCUUUAGACAUCAGAGGCACAGAGUAAAGACAACUCUCCCUGUGAAAUGAGGAGAGCAGCAGUUUCCAACAGGCUUGAAUAGCAGUGGGAUCCCUUAUCUGAAAAUCCCAUGCAGGAGCACUCCACUUAUGUGUGCUGGUAUGUGCCGUGGCAGCUGGAAUUAAAGCAAUUUGUAGCAAACCAGACUAAUCUCCCUAAUCUGGCAGUAUUUCUGCUGCUUUCUAUUUGUUCGCAUGAGGCUGCUUAAGCCCACAGUCCUGGGAUUUAUGUGUAGAUGUGGCACUUUGGGAUGUAGUCAUGUGGAGGGCUUGGCAGUGUUAGGACUCGAUGAUCUUAAAUGUCUUUUCCAACCUUAAUUAUUCUACAAUUCCAUGAUUCUAUGGCUGAUAGGUGGCAUUGCUGUGUUUUACUGAGGAGCACACACGAUUUGUUGGUUUGGGGGCUGGCAGGAGCACGCCACAGCGGGGUGAUGCAAAUAUUGUCACUUCCAGCAGUUGCAAUGGAAGCUAAAACAGGGAUAAUGGGCACUGAUUGUAUCCAGCGUGAACACAACAGGAGCAAUCAUGCAUGUAAUUUGGCUGAUAUGUGUCUCUGCUUGACUCUUACCUUAUUCUGCAGGGCAGUGGGAUUGGGAGGGUGGUUCAAUGUGUUUUGGGCUGGAUCCUAAAGCAGAAAUGAGAUGAAGUGGUGGCAGGAGCAUGGAGGUAGUGAUGGGAUUGUGCCUUAUUUGAAGGAACUACCAAUUCUUAAACACAAAGACCUGUCCGAAAAAUGCCAUCACCUGGAGGUCCCUGCCUCCAGCACAGCCAGGUGGUGACACUUCACCUGGGUAUUCAGUGAGAGCUCUUCAAUCCUCAACCACUGGAUACUUGUAGAUUCUCAGUUCCAUCCCCACAUCCCUGCCGCAGAGUUGGGCUGACAGGCCAACUGCUAAACAGUCAAGUACGCCUUUUUGUAGGCAGUAAGGGGGCUUCAGGGGCAGGGUACCUGGGCAUGGGGAGACAAAUGGUCCUGUCUAUAUGGUGUUUGGGAACAGAGGGGGCCUCACAUUUUCAGUUUGUUCUUUAAAAAAAAAAAUCCCAAUCCCAUUAAGGACCAUGUGUUUGAAGGAUCUGUGGCCCUGCAGAGCUUUUCUCUACUGCUGUCUUACCCUACAUGCUGAUCAAGGACACUUACAAUGCUGCUGCUGGCUGUUUAUUUGGAAUAACUUAAUAGGUUGGAAAUGAGGUAAAGCUGCAAAUCCAUGUCUUUUGGGUUCUUAAACUUAUGUUUCUUCAUUUAGCUUACCGUUGCAUCCCUUAAUCACUGAUUUCUCACAAUUCCCACUGCAACCUCUGAUGGGACUGAGCACCCUCAGCCCUGUGGACAUCACAGAGAUGGAAGACUGAUAAGCCCUUCAGCAGGACGCUCUCUGCCUCAGGUGAGACUCAAAACUCUUGUGGAUUCCUCAAGCCUCUGAUCU